AUGAGGCUGCUGAUCACCUUUACGGCUGUGUUGGCCGUUGCUUCUGCGCAGAAUGCCACUAACCAAUUCCCCGCUGACUUCAUGUUUGGAGCUGAACAGCCGCGCAAGGGAGAGAGCAUUCAGGACUACAUGUUCCACAACUAUCCGGAAUACAUGAUAGGAGAAGACAACGGGGACGUCGCCUGCGACUUUUACCAUCAGUACCUGCAAGAUGUGGAGAUGCUGAAAACGCUCAACGCGGCCAUCUAUCGAUUUUCGAUCGCCUGGUCACGUGUGUUGCCUAACGGGGACUUCGACGUCAUCAACCAGGCUGGUACCGACUACUACAACAACCUCAUCGACGCCUUGAUCCCCAACGGAAUUCAGCCUUUGGUGACGAUGUACCACUGGGAUCUGCCUCAAGCACUGCAGUACAUCGGAGGCUGGCCCAACGAGUUGCUGGUCGACUACUUCGUUGAAUACGCCAGGUUACUCUUCCAAAACUUCGGCGAUAGGGUGAAAUGGUGGAUCACAUUCAACGAGCCACAUCAGUUCACAAUGUUGGGGGUCGCACCGUGUCAACCAGCUCCGGGCAUCGGCGACUACCUGUCGAGACACACCGUCAUCAAAGCUCAUGCCAGGGUCUGGAACACGCACGGAAGCGUGGGAAUUACACUUAAUAUGGACUGGCCUGAACCAGAGACUAAUUCGACUGAGGAUGCACAAGCAGCAGAUAGAGCAGGACAGUUUGUGAUGGGUAUGUCCGCACACCCUAACUACAGUCAGGAUGGGGAUUAUCCGGCUGUGGUGCGACAGCAGGUGGACGCCAAUAGUGAGGCUGAGGGACGGCCCCGAUCAAGGCUACCAACAUUCACACAGGAGGAGACAGAGUACAUCAGGGUUGGCAGCACCAGUUAUACGAGUACCUUAGUCGACGUCUUUGUAAAGUGCGACUGGAAAUAUACAUUACCAACCUUCGACAUCUGA